AUGGUCCACUGGAUAUAUACAGCGAUACUCAGACCCAGACUGCUUUACGCGUCUGUCGUAUGGUGGCCAAAGGUGCUGGGAAAGACCGCUAAGUUAACAUUGGAGCACGUCAGAGCUCUAGUUUUAAGAGGGGCUCUGGGGGCCAUGCGAAUCACGCCGAUGGCGGCGAUAGGGAUGUUGCUUGGCGUCGAGCCUCUUGAUUGGGUGGUAGUGGCGGCUGCGGCGACGGCGGCCUAUCGCCUAAGGUGUGAAUCAAAGUGGAAGGCAGGAGCCCUUCACACGAGAUUUCCUGAAGAAAUCCUAUCGGGCACCAUUUUUGCAAUGGGACAAGAUAGGAGACCGGUGAUUCGUACCUUCGAAAGAGGGUACAGAAUAAGCUUCCCCGGGCGCUGGGAGUGGGACGGCUCUAAGGGACCGGUUCCUCGGGACGGGGACCUCUGGUUCACGGACCUCUGGUUCACGGACGUCUCCAGAACGAGUGCGGGCUCUGGAGCUGGUCUUUACUGCCAGCGCGACCGGGCAAGAAUUGUCGUUCCGCUUGGCGAGCACGCUACGGUUUUCCAGGCGGAGGUGUUAGCCAUCAUGAGAUGUGCCCAGAACCUAUCAGAGUCUGAUAGGAUGGGAAGGCGCAUCUGGAUUUGCUCGGACAGUCAGGCGGCGCUUAAGGCACUUGAGGGUCCAAGAAUUAACUCGCGACUGGUCUGGGAUUACAAGUGCGUACUGGAUGAGUUGGCGGAGAAGAAUGAUGUUGGCCUAGUAUGGGUCCCCGGGCACGCGCGGAUCAAGGGCAACAAAAUGGCGGACCUGCUUGCUAAGGAGGCGGCGGGUGACCUCCUUUUGGACACGUAA